CUGUGCUCUGCUGGUUAAGCCUGAGAAGCGGGAUUGUUAUUAUCCAGCUCCAGCUGCCCUUGUGUCACCAAAUGACAGCGCCACCGGUAUGUUAGCUUAUGUUUUCACCCUUUGUCGGCCUUUAUAUUAGUCUUUUUGGCAUUUUUCUAAUGCAUAUGUGACGCAGCAAAAGCCAAAAAUGUGCUACAAUUUUAAAUUAGUUAUUUUAUCUAAUCUAAGUCAGCAUUCGUGUUAGCUAAACUGAGCCAUAGCGUGAUUACAGUUCUCCUCAGAGUAACGUUGUACAGUAAAGCUUCCAAAAGACGUUUUGGUCGAGCAACACCACUUCCGCCUGCAUCAUGAACGAGAGCGCUGACAAACUAAAGCGCAGUUUGUCGUUGUCCAAGACUAAGAAGAAAGGCAAUGUCAAAGCUGGGAUUUAUGCCAAUGCUGCUGCCACCACCACUCCAAUCACGUCGUUCUUCAGCAGCCAGCCUCCACCAAAGCUGGCCUGCCCCCUGUGUGGCCAGUUCGUACCAAGAUUCAAGAUCAAUGAGCACAUUGAUUUGCAAUGUCAGAACUUUGAGAGAGGAGACAGCACUGUCGCCUCAGCAAAUAAUAGUGUUGUUCCAAGCAUCCAGCUGUCACCCAGAAGGAAUCCCACAAAGUCCCCAGAGCUGGAUCCAAACAAGGCAGAGGAGGAGGAGGUCAAAGGGACCAAGACUAGUCCUUAUUUCAAAAAGAAUAACUUUAAGCAGGCACCUCGGGAAAUAAACACUGAAAGAGUGGUCAGGACUAUUGACCUAGGAAGUCUGUCUUCCAAGUUAUCCAGGAAGUGUCAUAAGGUGCCUGAGAAGAUAGAGACAAAAGACAAACGUGCAGCAACGUAUCCUGAAAAGGAGCUUUAUUCCGAGACACUCAGCAGCUCACAGAAAGAAAAUCUUCUGAUUCAGAGAUUAGAAGACAACAAAGAUUGUGUUGUCAUUGACCUUACAACAGCCAGCGCAGACCUUCCAACAGCAAAGGAAGAUCUGUCAUGUUCAGAUAAAGGACAUAAUCUGGGACACCACCCAUCUAAAUCUGAGACGGUCCAAAAACUGAUUACUCCAAAGCUGCGCUCUUCUUCCUCCAAACUAGCAAAAAGAAAAAAAGAAACAACUUCCACUGGUAGAGUGUGGGAUUUCAAAAAGAAAGCAAAAUAUGAAGGGAGCAGCAGAGAGCCAGAAAAGGUGUUGUCAAGAGAACAUGUACCAGAGACGACUGAUAUGGACAAGCCUAAAACUGAGGUACCGUCUUCUUCGACUUCUGCUACCUGUGACCUCCCCCUGAGUUCAGAGGACACCUGUGAGAAAAGUGAUGCAGCAGUCAAUAGUGUUGCACUGUCACAGUCUGGUGCUGAAAAUGCCAUUAGUGACCAGGCUGUUGAAGGCUCUCAUCCCCCACGGCUUCCCUACUACCUCCGUAACUUCCAGACCGUGCUACAGGCUGUCCUGGACAACGAGGACGACAGGGCCUUGUUCGAUACGCAUGAUAUGUCAGUUGUACAUGCAUUCGAGAAGCUCACAGUAAUGGGGCAGAAGCUGUACGUAAGACUCUUUCAGAGGAAACUCAAGUGGCUCCAAGUAAAUAAACUGGAUUAUGAAGAGAUCUGCAGUGAUCUGGGACCUGUUGCUCAGGAGCUGGUUCAGUGUGGUUUUCUGCUUUCAGAAAAUGACCUUCAGGAUGUAGAGGAGGCUCUGGAUCUCCUACCUGCUCCUGAACUCAAAGCUCUAGCCAAGACUUUCCAUCUGGGCAAUUCUGGGACACAGAAACAGCAGCUAGUGGACGGACUUCUCCGUCUCAGCAGGCAAAAGUCCCUCUUCUCUAUGACUUCUGCUCAAAACAACGUUGGGGCUGUCAUCCUCAAAAGGGCAAAGCAGCUCGCGGGUUCCUGUGUACGUCUGUGCCAAGGUCCUCGCGCGGUUUUCUCUCGCAUCCUUUUACUCUUCUCUCUGACGGACACCAUGGAUGAGGAGGAGAUGGCUGCUGGUGGGCAGAGCCAGCUCUUCACCAUCCUGCUGGUCAACUCAGGACGUCUGGCCUUCCCGGUCUAUGCAGUGCAACGUAAAGCCAAGGUGUUCCAGGACAGAGAGGAUCUUAUCAGAUACGAGGCAUCCAUGCGAGCCCUGCAAGAGGUAACCUCAGCUAUGCAGGGAGGUCAGUGGGAUGAGGCCAUGGAGCUUUACACUGCUGCCAAAAGUACCUGGCAGGAGCUGAGGGAAAGCCAAGACCUCAGUCACCAGGAGGAGCUGCCUGUUUUCUUACGCAGCUUCACUGCAGGAUGGGCUUACACUCGUAUCUUAUCCAGAGGGGUGGAGAUCUUGCAGAGGCUACGUCGCUAUGAGGAAGCAGCGGAGGAGCUGCAAUCCUUACUUUUGCAAUCCCUUUACUGUCCUGACAGCCGAGGGCGGUGGUGGGACCGACUGGCACUAAACCUUCACCAACACCUAAAAAAACCUGAACAAGCUAUUUGUGCUAUCAGAAAUGGACUGUCAGACCCUCUGGUGCGAACUGGACAUAAACUUGCUCUUUAUCAGAGAGCUGUUCGGAUGAAAGAGUCUGCCAGCUUCAAGAGGUAUCGCUUGCAACUAAAAGACCUGCCCACUGUUCAAGUCCAAGAUGUCAGACAUGUGACCAUCCGAGGACAGCUCUUUCCUCAUGAGGGGGGUAUGGGCAAAUCUGUGUUUCUUAUACCAGCAAAUGGAGAGGGGAACGAGAGUGCUAGUGCCACUAUAAUAGGCUCUGUGGAAGAGCUGUCUUUAGCACAUUACCAUCAACAAGGCUUUGACCAAGGGAUCCAUGGAGAGGGCUCAACAUUCUCAACAUUAUUUGCUCUUCUCCUGUGGGACAUCAUUUUCAUGGAGGGUAUUCCAGAUGUUUUCAGAAAUCCGUACCAGACAUGUCCACUGGAUCUUUACACUGACUGCUUCUAUGAGAACAGAAAAGAGGCAAUCGAUUCUCGUGUGCACUUACUUGCAGAGGCAUCUGUGGAGACACUGCAUGACAUGUUGGAAUCUGUUUGGAACUCCGAGGAGGGUAAAGUGUGUUCAUUGGUCAGCUGGGAGCGUUUCUCAUCCCUUCAGCAGGCACAGUCUCUUGUGUCAUGCCUGGGUGGAACCUUCUUAGGAGGGGUAAUAACACGAAUGUCAAAAGACUACAGACACUGUCGUGCAGGUCUGCCUGAUCUGGUUGUGUGGAAUACCUCCAACAACAGCUACAAGCUGGUGGAGGUGAAGGGGCCCAAUGACCGGCUGUCCCAGAAGCAACAGAUCUGGCUGGAUGAGCUUCAGAAACUGGGGGCUGAUGUGGAGGUGUGUCAUGUGGUGGCCACUGGAGCCAGAGGAGCUUGUCUGGAAUAAAAAGAUGCAGAAGAACUGACUGAAAUGACUUUGCUGCUAAUUAACCUAAACAUGAUCAAACAAGAAACAUCAGCAAAUAGAGUCUCCGAAAAGAAAAAGAUCUGGAUGCUUGUUCUGAUUCUGGUCACCUAUAACAGAUGUUGAUGUUUAUCUCCAGAAUUCAUUUUAUCUUCCAUAUGUCACAAAUUUAAUCCUAUGUGAGUAAAGGGAAAGUCAUGGCAAAACCUUGUGACAUAUGGCAUUAUCAUCAUUUUUUAGAUCAUCGCUGAGAACUGGCAGGAUCUGAAAUAGGUUGCUUACAGAUAAUCAGAGCUGAUGCAUGACAGGAUCCAACAACCAUGCCAAACUGAUGGUGUUUCCUUUUCUUUGGUAACACUAUAUUCUCAGGAUCACGGGUUGCCGAGCAACAAAAAAUCACAUCUAGUUGUCUGCUUGUGAAGUGUAUGACAGCUCUACGAGUUUGUUAUGCAAGUAAUUACUGUAAUAAUAAUGCCUAGAAAUAUGCAGUUGAGUAACAAGAAAGAAAUGAGAGCAAUAAUACAGUAAACAGACUGAAUUAAUGAAUAUUUUCAUUGUUGAUCCAAGUGUAUGAAAUGCCUAUUUCCUAGAUAAAAGCUGAUUGAUGUAACUUUCCAGAUAGUGACACAUUAAAAUACUUUGGCAUUA